CUGUCACAUCGAAAUUGAAACAAAUCUAUAAAGACUUUGCAUGAAUGGAUCGAAAACUGCAUUACUGCUAUCCAGAUUAUAAUACCUCAUGUGCCAAAGUAGUUCGAAAGUAUGAGGAGUAUGUGAUGCUUUAUAUUUUCAGUGUAUUUGUAAUUAUAGUAACACUGUGUGGAAAUAUAUUUGUGAUUAUUUCUAUUUCUCACUUCAAGCAGCUUCAUACCCCUACCAACCUCCUUGUACUUUCUCUAGCAGCUGUGGAUUUUUUAUUGGGAUUGUUUGUAAUGCCUUUUCAUUUUGCUGCAUACAUUGAAUAUUGCUGGUAUUUUGGUGAGUUUAUGUGUUACUAUUUUUUCCUGAUGUAUCUUUUCUUAACCUCAGCUUCUGUAAGCAACCUGGUUUUUAUUUCAGUUGAUCGAUAUCUUGCUGUGUGUAACCCAUUCUUUUACACUUCUAACGUAACCAUUUUUCGAACAAUGUUGUGUAUUGCUAUAGGUUGGUUGUCAGCUCUUUCAUAUACAUUGUCAUACCUGAAUAGUGAUGGCAGCACCAUUUUAACAGGGUGUGCAGGUGCUUGUGGUUUUGAUUUUCUCCCUGCAUGGGGCAUGGCAGAUUUUUUAUGUACAUUUGUUCUGCCUUUUUCUGUCAUUUCAUGUUUUUAUUUCAGAAUAUUUAUAGUUGCAAGAAGACACGCAAGAGCCAUUAAUUUAUUUUUACAGAAAAAGCCACCUGCACAAUUAAACAGCAAGACUUCAUUAAAGUCGGAAACCAAAGCUGCCAGGACGUUAGGAAUUGUAGUGGCAGUUUUUAUGAUCUGCUGGUUUCCUCAGCUUGUUUUGGCUGCUUACUUCUUAUAUACACCUGUUCCUGACCGAUAUAUUUCCACUAUACUCUCUGGACUAACUUUGAUAAGUUUAAUAAAUUCUGGAAUCAAUCCAGUUAUUUAUGCUUUUUUUUAUCCAUGGUUUCAACAAUGUAUGAAAUUAAUCGUGUCUCGUAAAAUAUUUUCUCCAGGAUCUUCUGUCAUCAACUUAUUUUCAGAAUCUUCUCACUGAACCAGAUUAUUAAAGCAAAAUAUGUAACUUGAUAUACAGGGUGAAAUGUAAAGUGACUACCCACUUGAGAACUUAUAUUGACAGGUGACUGUUAAACAUAUACUGUAUAUGCUUUCUUGUGAUAAUGCAAUGAAAUACAUUGAGAUUCAAGCUAAGAGUAUUAUAGGAAUUAACAAAGGUUGCAAAAUUUAGUAGAGGGCACCUAAUUAAGUGUAAAAAUACAAUAUUUCACUCACCUCAUUAUUUUUUAUCUGUUAAUACUGUUAAAACAAUUAAAUUAACAGACUGGAUCAGUACUAAAACACUGUGUCCAUUUUUACAUCAUACAUUAAUAUUUACAAAAAUAAAUACUUUCCUUUAAAGUAAAGGAAGUAGUUAAAAAAGGAACAUAUUUGUAAACUGUGAUGUAUUGAAGCAGUUUAACUUUAUGAAGCAGUGCACAUCUGUAAAAUGUAAUCUAAAUAAAUAUUGCAAUUUAAUAUUUACUACUUUUCAGUAAACUUUAAAGAUUUUUUUUAUUCAUUUGGUAGCUGGGUUUGCACGAAUAAACCUGUAAAUAAAGUCAAAGUGACAUCAAACAUCAUACAAUAUAUGGCAAGACAGAACAGUCACUUGGACUAAUGGAUCUUUCCUUUAGCUCAACUACCUAAAAUUGUUUUUAUUUGCAUAUAAUGCUCUGACUCAGAUUGAGAUAACUUCUGUUAUACUUAAUUAAUUUUAAAUUUCAUAGUGCUUUGAAAAACAUCAUUGCAUAAAUGCAGAAGUUUGACUUGAUUGUUUUUUAUAAAUGUACUUAUAUUUCAGUUUGGGUUUUGGUGUCUUCACAGUGUUAAUUGUUGACAGUGUUUAUCAUACAUGAUAGUAACUAUUUAUAUAUUUAUAUACUACUGGUCAAAACGUUUAGAACACCUCAGUUUUUCCAGUUUUUCUUCAA